AACUCUGCAACGACGGUAGAACAUGUCAAAAUAUUGAAAAACAGCUGUGCAGGAUUCGAAAAUAAAAAAAUGUUCAGCCGGUUAUCUUCAUUUGCCAUUCGAAAUGUCUGCAGAAAUCAAAGAAAUCUUAAAUAUAUAACUACGCUGACAUGCACAAAAUUGCCCCGGCAAACUGUUGUAACAAAUUAUGUGCAGCAGCAACAUUGCUACUCCUCCAACAACACCAAACAACCCACAGAACAUGUAGUCGAUUCGAUUCUCGAUCACGCAACCUAUGAACGAGUUUGUGUUGAGACAUUGGAUGGCCUAAAUGAUUACUUUGAACAGUUGCUGGAAAGUGUCGAGUCAAUACCCGACAGUGAUCUGGCAUAUAGUGAUGGUGUGUUGACUGUUAAUUUGGGCAAACACGGCACAUAUGUUAUCAAUCGCCAGACACCCAAUCGCCAAAUAUGGUUAAGUUCUCCAACCAGUGGUCCUAAACGUUAUGAUUUUGUGGGAGAAUCAUCUGGUAUAUCAGGUAAAUGGGUAUACCGUCAUACUGGAGAGUCGUUGCAUGAAUUGUUGCAACAUGAACUGCAGAAAAUAUUCGAAACCCAAAAGAUAGAAAUGGAUGAUUUGCCUUAUGGUGGUAGAUGAAAUGCUUAAUUAAAUUAUGUAGUUUAAAAGAAAUAAUGCAAUAAAUUAUGAUGGUGUCAUAGACAUACGUUUAAUAA